AUGCUCGUGGCGUACAUGAUGUCCUUCAUGGACAAGCAGACGUUGAGCUAUGCGGCCAUCAUGGGCAUCAUGGAGGAUCUCCAUCUGACCGGGUCGGAGUAUAGUUGGAGUUCGGCCAUCUUCUACUUCGGGUAUCUUGCUUUCAGUUACCCGGCCUCCUUGCUGAUGGUCCGGUUUCCGCUGGGGAAGUAUCUCGCGUGUACUUAUAUCGUCUGGGCGGUUGUCCUCGCCUGUCACGCGGCCACGACCAAUAUCACCGGGCUGAUGGUGGCUCGUUUUUUCCUCGGCUGCACCGAAGCCAGCGUCUCCCCCGGGUUCAGUCUGCUCACUUCGCUCUGGUAUCGGACCUCCGAGCAACCGCUCCGUCACGGAAUCUGGUUCUGCGGCAACUCGUUGUCUUUGAUCUUGGGUGGGGCAGUAGCAGUGGGGAUCUGGCACAUUGAGACGAUGGUCAUGCUCUUCCGACUUCCUGACUCGCCAAAUAACGCCACAUUCCUCACGCCAGAGGAGAAAGCCAUCGCCAUCGCGCGACUGAAGUCGAACCGAGCGGGAUACAAGACCAACAAGAUCGACCGCAGUCAGAUACUGGAGGCAUUCACUGAUCCCAAGACGUGGUUCUUGGGCGUGUCGAUUCUGGGCUGCAAUAUUCCGAACGGAGGGUACACUACGUUCUCGGGCCUGAUCCUCAAGGGCUUUGGAUACGAUACCCUCUACACGCUCCUCCUCGGUAUUCCAGGUGGAUUCAUAUCUUUCCUCGUAGUAUUGGCAUCAUGCUACGCCUCCUCCAAGAGAACAAACAGCCGGUGCAUGGUCUCAAUCAUUCUAUCAUGUUCAAGCAUCCUAGGAACAGCCCUCGUCUCCGCCACCCACCACAACGCCUCCCGCUAUAUCGGCCUCAUCCUCAUGAGCUUCUACGCCGUCACCAUGCCGCUCUCCAUGGCGAUCAUCAGCGCCAACAUCGGCGGCGUGACCAAACGCAGCACCGUCAGCGCGAUCUACUUCAUUCUGUACUGCGCAGGCAACAUCAUCGGCCCGCAGUUGUUUUUUGAGGAGCAGGCGCCCGUUUAUCAGAGCGGGUUCAUCGCGAUCUACGUGUGUCUGGCCGUUGUGGUUGCUGUUUUGGUAGGAUUGGUGGUGUAUCUGCGGUGGGAGAAUCAGAGGCGAGAUGCGUUGAUGGGGGUGGAGGUGGAGGUAGAUAUAGAGAACACGGAAGAAGAGUUGGUGGAUGUGACAGAUCAGAAGAAUCCGCGUUUUAGGUAUGUUUAUUGA